UGACAUUUGAGUCAUUAAAAACUUGAAGCUCCAAUAAGUAAUAUCAUUAAGUGUAACAUUAAAAGUUUUACACAACCGUGUAAAUUUAUUAGUGAAUAAAAACAAAAGUGUUUAUAUAUUUAAAAGUAUAACAAUAAAAAUAUUUGAUUAAGCAAGUGCUGAAAAUAAACGUAUCUUAACUUUAAAAUCGGAUUGAUUAAUAAAAAUGCCGCCAAAUACAGGCAAUGAUCUGACGUUUUCUGAUGGACAUGAUUUAGAAAACGAUGUAACGACGACAAAUUUAAAAAUAAACGGUAGACCAAAAAAGUGGUAUGAAUUUGAAACAGAAGUGAUUUGGAAGAACUCAAUAUUUAUGAUCGGACUUCAUUUGAUAUGUUUAUAUUACACGAUCACUUUUCCUUAUUUAGAACAGAAAUUUUUGUCAGUAUGGGCGUUUAUUAUGCUUCAUCUAACGGGAAUAGGAGUUACAGCUGGUGUACAUCGUCUAUGGACUCACCGUGCAUAUAAAGCCAAAACACCUCUUAGAAUUAUUCUCGCUAUUUUAUAUAACUCAGCUGGACAAAACAAAAUUUACAGCUGGGUCAGAGACCACAGAGUUCAUCAUAAAUACACAGACACACUUGCAGACCCUCAUGAUACUAAUCGAGGUUUUUGGUUCAGUCACGUUGGCUGGUUAAUGUUAAAAAAACGUCCUGAAGUGCGUCAACGUGGAAAAGGAAUUGACAUGAGUGACAUUCUCAAUGAUCCGGUUGUUCAGUUUUUCGACAGAAACUUUGUUGUACUCAACACACUACUGACUUUCGUGAUCCCAGUCUUGAUACCUGUUUAUGUCUUCAAUCAAAGCCUUAAAUGGGCAUUCAUAUCUCAAGUAUUCAUGCGUUAUCCAUGGGUUCUAAACAUCACUUGGUCGGUGAAUAGUUUCGCUCAUAUGUUUGGAUAUCACAGCUACGACAAAAAUAUCCUACCUGCUGAAAAUCUAUUGGUCGGCUGGGCGGCUGGAGGUGAAGGCUGGCAUAAUUAUCACCACGUUUUCCCCUGGGACUACAAAGCGGCGGAAUUCCGUAACUUUAUGCUCAACGUUACUACUUCGUGGAUUGAUAUGUUCGCUCAAAUUGGAUGGGCUUACGAUUUAAGACAGGCGACUCCUGAUCACAUAAAAAAAGUUAUUGCCAGAACAGGUGAUGGCUCGCAUCAUCCUUACUUGAGUUAAAAACAAAUACUUUCUUUAUAAAUAUGUUGGUUUUCAAAAUUAAAGUAGUAAAAUUUAAAAUAUGAAUAUAAUGAUGCAUCAGCACUUUUUGAAUAGUUCUGGCGCUUAAUAAUUUAAUCAAUCAAAUUGUUUUAAUAUCAUGUCUGAUAUAAAAUAUUCAACAUAUAUUUGAAUAAGAUGAGUGUAUUAUAAUAUUUUGAUUUUGUUAAAAAAUUAACAAAUUUGAAAUACUUUUGAUCAUAGGCCCCGAGUGAUAUUAGUCAUUAAAAAAUCAUUAUUUAUAAUUUACUUAAAUAAUAAUCAUUUUUUACUGUAUUAUAUUUUAUAGCAAAAAUAUUUCUUAACUAUUUUAAAAUAAUUAUACGUGUAUAAAUACUUAUAAAAUUGUUUCGUUAAACUAUGAUAAUAAAUAAGUGUAUUAAUGAAAUGAUUCGUAGUAAUUUAUUUAUUGUCAUCAGUCGAUUAAUAAUUUAAACUUUUAAAAUAUUUAUUUUAUUUUAGUUAUAAGUGAUGUCACUUAAUUCUCAUAAAUAUUAUCAGUUUACAAACGUAAAUUCAAAUCAAAAAAGUGCGUCUAUUAUAUGCGAUAUACAUAAUACAUAAUAAAGUUACGGAUUUCACAAGUGGCGAAUGAAUCACGCAAGAUUUAAAAUCGAGUAAAUGAUUGAAUAUAUUUGAAUGAAUAUAAUACAACAAUCAGCAGUUUGACAUGACAGGUAUCACUCCACUUCCGUGUUCUAUGAUUUUCUAGAAUGAUCGUCGCUGAACUUGUUGAUUAUUACAAUUUGUAUGUAUAAAUCGAACGAAUUAAAGUCACUUCUUGUUAAUGACUAAUGCCUUUAACGAUUUGGGAAGGCAUCAAAUGCCUACAAUAUUUUUUCGUACAUAAUAAAUGCAUACUGCUCAGUUUCUUACUGCUCAGUUGCCUGCCAAUU